AAUGUGAACACAUUUUAUUUUACUAUGAGACCGUGUCAAAUAAACAGUUUGAGGUAGUUAAUCUUCAAGGGAACGACACUGACCAGUUCGAAGAUUAGAUUUGCAUUUCCAUCAGGACUGGAGCAAAGAUUUAAUCAUUCCUCGGUGUACCAAAGCAAAGACGUUGUCGAGGUCGAACGUUGCCAGAUUUGAAGUUAAUCUUCAGGACGUAUCCAUGUUUGCGGAUCAGCGGCUUGGCUGUGUCCUCAAUUGAGUGCCUGCACGGGAGGGAUGCUCAGUUGUGUCAAGUCAGCCAAAAACAGCAAGAGUCAGACCAGAAAGGGAGCCAGCUGGAUUUCAUGAUAAGAGCAUUAUUACAUUUUUUAAUUGAAAGAGCAGCUGCAGACAUGUAGACAGAUUAUUGUCAUACUUUAAGGUUCAGGGAUUGGGGAAUUAGAAUCACAAACAAGACAUUUUGAUUGAAUGGGAAUUAGUUGUAUAGAUUAUUCAAAAUCUGAAAAUAUAUAUUUGUACUGCACUGGGAAAAAAAAGUUUAAUUAACGGUCAGGCGAUGAUCUGGAAGAAAUGAGAAACAUCUAAAAAAUAUUCAUAGGAAAAUUAUGUGAAUACAAAUUUCACUCGUUUCGUUUGCUUAAAAUAGAGUUUUUUUUCCCUCCAUUGAUGCAAAUUCAGCCUUUACUUUGAAAGGUGGAACCAGAAGUGCCGCUUUCUACUCUUGCAAUCUUGACAGCAGGAGCACAGUUCACGGUCCUCCUCCUCAGUUGCAGUCUACAAUUCAAGUGUGCACCGGGAAAAAAACAUGUUAACAGGGAUGUCUGGCCAGUGAAUAUGGGAAGCAAAAACAUAACUGGCACAUGACGGAUUUUAGAAUGGGAAAACUGGAGUUCAUUUGAUCUGUGACAACUGCAAGUGGAGUGUGUUUUUGUUUUUUUUGUCGUCUUUUUUCUCAUCACAAUGUGUGAGGAAUGGAUGUGGGUCGGAUGCCAGUUUAUUUUUGUUACGGAUACAAGGACUGGCGAGUUAUCAGCAUGAAUUACCGAGGGCAGAGUAACUGACAUCAAUGUUAAAUUCGACUUCUGAGGGAGGACCAUGGCGAAAAGGAAGGGACUGUUAUUUUCACUGCUGUACUUUAUGGCAGAGUUUUGGCUCACUUCGCAGCAAGUCCUGAGAAUUGGCGGCAUCUUUGAGACACUUGAAAAUGAGCCCAUAAGUGUUGAAGAACUGGCCUUUAAAUUUGCCGUUACCAACAUUAACAGGAACCGGACCUUAAUGCCAAACACCACGUUGACCUACGACAUCCAGAGAAUAAACCUAUUCGACAGCUUUGAGGCCUCAAGAAAAGCCUGCGACCAGUUGGCUCUUGGUGUCGGGGCCGUGUUCGGCCCCUCUCACAGCUCAUCCGUGAGCGCGGUCCAGUCCAUCUGUAACGCCCUGGAAGUCCCCCACAUCCAGACUCGCUGGAAACACCCUUCAGUGGACAACAAAGACAGCUUCUUCAUCAACCUCUACCCAGAAUACGCCUCCAUAAGCCGCGCUGUGUUGGACAUAGUGCAGUACUACAAGUGGAAGACGGUCACUGUGGUCUACGAGGACGCAACUGGGCUGAUCCGUUUGCAAGAGUUGAUCAAAGCUCCGUCCAGAUACAGCAUUAAAAUCAAGAUCCGCCAGCUGCCAACAGGAAGUAAAGACGCCCGCCCUCUGCUGAAAGAGAUGAAGAAGGGGAAGGAGUUCUAUGUCAUCUUCGACUGCUCCUACCAGACAUCUGCUGAUGUCCUCAAGCAGAUCUUGUCCAUGGGGAUGAUGACUGAAUACUACCACUUCUUCUUCACCACACUGGACCUGUUUGCCCUCGACCUGGAGCCGUACCGCUACAGCGGGGUCAACAUGACGGGGUUCAGGCUGCUCAACAUCGACAGCCCCCAGGUGGCCACAGUGGUGGAGAGGUGGGCCAUGGAACGACUGCAGGCCCCCUCCAAAGCUGAGACCGGAAUGAUGGAGGGGAUGAUGACCACCGAAGCGGCUCUGAUGCACGACGCCGUCUACAUGGUGGCCGCCGCCUCGCAACGCGCCGCCCAGAUCACCGUCAGCUCCCUCCAGUGCCACCGACACAAACCCUGGCGCUUUGGAUCGCGCUUCAUGAACAUGCUCAAAGAUGUACAAUGGAACGGCUUGACGGGGCAAAUAAUUAUAAACAAGACGGACGGCCUGCGGAAAGAAUUUGAUUUAGACGUCAUCAGCCUGAAGGAGGACGGCCUGGAGAAGACGAUCGCAGGGAACAACCGCCUGAAUAAAGUGUGGAAAAAGAUCGGUGUGUGGAACUCCCAGACAGGCCUUAAUUUAACAGAAAGCAACAAGGACUCAUCCACCAAUGUGACCGACUCAAUGGCCAACAGGACCCUCAUUGUCACUACCAUUCUGGAAAAUCCUUAUGUCAUGUACAAGAAAUCCGAUAAGCCGCUGUAUGGAAACGACCGCUUUGAGGGCUACUGCCUCGACCUGCUCAAAGAGCUCUCCAACAUUUUGGGCUUCUCCUAUGAGGUCAAGCUGGUGUCAGACGGCAAAUAUGGAGCUCAGAACGACAAGGGGGAGUGGAACGGCAUGGUGCGGGAACUCAUCGAUCACGUGGCUGACCUGGCCGUGGCUCCGCUCACCAUCACAUAUGUGAGGGAAAAGGUGAUAGACUUCUCCAAGCCCUUCAUGACACUGGGCAUCAGCAUCCUCUACCACAAACCCAACGGCACCAACCCGGGAGUCUUCUCCUUCCUCAACCCUCUCUCUCCUGACAUCUGGAUGUAUGUGUUGCUGGCGUGCCUCGGUGUCAGCUGCGUGCUGUUUGUCAUUGCAAGGUUCACUCCCUACGAGUGGUACAACCCACACCCCUGCAACCCAGACUCAGACGUGGUUGAAAACAACUUCACUCUCAUAAAUAGUGUCUGGUUUGGAGUUGGAGCACUUAUGCAGCAAGGAUCCGAACUGAUGCCCAAGGCCCUCUCCACCAGGAUCGUUGGUGGCAUAUGGUGGUUCUUCACCCUGAUCAUAAUCUCCUCGUACACUGCCAACCUGGCUGCCUUCCUCACUGUGGAGAGAAUGGACUCGCCGAUUGACUCUGCGGAUGACUUGGCCAAGCAAACCAAAAUAGAGUACGGCGCUGUGAGAGACGGCUCCACCAUGACCUUUUUUAAGAAAUCCAAGAUCUCAACCUAUGAGAAAAUGUGGGCAUUCAUGAGCAGCAGGAAAAACACAGCCCUGGUGAAAAACAACCGGGAGGGGAUUCAGAGGGUCCUCACCACGGACUACGCUCUUCUGAUGGAGUCCACCAGCAUCGAGUACAUCAGCCAGCGCAACUGCAACCUCACACAGAUCGGAGGCUUGAUCGAUUCAAAGGGCUAUGGAGUGGGAACCCCAAUUGGCUCCCCUUACAGAGACAAGGUCACCAUCGCCAUCUUGCAGCUGCAGGAGGAAGGGAAGCUGCACAUGAUGAAGGAGAAAUGGUGGAGGGGCAAUGGCUGCCCGGAGGAGGACAGCAAAGAGGCCAGUGCCCUGGGUGUGGAAAACAUAGGGGGGAUCUUCAUUGUGCUGGCAGCUGGACUGGUCCUCUCGGUUUUUGUAGCGAUCGGAGAGUUUAUUUACAAAUCCAGAAAAAACCUGGACAUCGAGGAGGUGAGUGUCGGCCAGUGCGAAUGGCACAACAAGUAUUAACACACAGAGGGAUUCAUCCCGAGACUGUUAUGAACCUACUACAGAUUUGCGUUUGUCAUUGUUGUCGUCGGGGGACUGCAGUAAUCACUGGGCCAGCCACAAAAAAAAAAAGAAGUCUGAAUGUGUUGGACUGCAUUGUUACAAUCAAAACAGAUAACUUUUUAACGCAGAGUUUCGUAUUUUUAGUAGUUUUUGAUGUAGAGCACAUGAACAUUUUAGUCCUGAUUGGAAGAAAAACAUUUGAAACCCCUUUCUAAGAUGACAGAUGGUCGUCGACGUCUGACAUCAUGACACUUGACCAUCUUGGCCUUUCUCAAACAAAAAAAAAUACUGUAACACUGUAACAUUGUUUUUUUGUGUGAAAACGAAAUGUCAUUGUCAUUGCCAUUAUAUUGUGGGAAAGUGAUGGUGAGUGGUAUAUUUAGGUUUGCAGUAGGUUUGACAGGAUUCUGUUAUGCAAUGUUUGCGAUUUUCAUAUCCAUAGCGCACAGACACUGACAUUAACAGCACUAUGUCUUACCACUUUUGUAUGUACUCAUGUAUUUCGGAGCAUCUUUUGGUUCACUCAGUGACGGUUGUUUCCAAUUUGUUUAUGGACCAGUGCUCCCUCAGAAAUGUCAUCAAGUUGCUUAAUGUCUAAAGAUUUUUUUUCUGAUGUUUUUCUUUUAUAUCAUUGAGUUCAUGAACAUGCAUGUUAAGUCUCUCGUGUUGGAAUUGUUUCAGAAUGAUAAAGUUACGUGCGAACAUAA